AUGGUGGAAUGGGCCGUAGUUAUUUUCGACAAAAAGGGCAGCGACAGAACCAAGUUGAGACCUGAACACCUGGAAGGUGUUCAUUACCAAUACGGUAAGGGUGUUUUGAAAUGCGCUGGUGCAAUUUACCACAAUGUUGGCGAUGACGGCAAAUUAAGCGAGUUUGCGGGUUCCCAUCUACAAAUCGAAGCACCAACCAAAGAAGACGCUUUGCAAGUGAUUUACAACGACCCUUUUGCCAAAAACGACAUUUGGGAUCUUGAAAACAUUAUUAUCUACCCAUUCGGCUGCGCUGUUCGUGCUGCUAAAUGA